GCCCCAUAAAAUGUCGACAGACACUGUUGACCACCGCUGGGAAGAGCAAUCAACGGCGGCCGCCGGCAGAGCUUCUCUUCCCUUCCCGCAUUUAAUAAAGCUGCGUUGACCCUCUGUGCUUUGAUCUUCUCUUCCUUCAAUACAGCGGUAGGGAUGGUAGGGCCUUGCAUUAAUACAGCCGCCCGCUGUCCUUAUGGGCGCUUGUCUUCUCUUCCUGCAUUUCAGCUCUCAAUUCAUGGACUCUUAUCGCCAUCUCGUAAUAUUAUAAUAAUUCAGAGAUGAACACACUCUAUGGGAUCUGAUGGCGCCGGAUGGUGAGGUAGAGAAAGGCCAAGAAGGCGACAGAAUCAGGGUUUCACAGAUGAAGAGUUCCCCCAAAGAGGUGUCUAUAGCAAUCUCUGGCGAAGCUUCUCCGGAUAUGGCGGAAGAUCGGGCUCCAGAAAGCCAUCUCUUGCACUCUGGACCACGCACUCCGGCGUCUCCUCGGCCAAUAGGCCGCGGUGAUGAUGAGGAAGACGAGGAGGAGGAUGAGGAGAUUUAUAAGAAGAUUGAGUUGAGUAGAAAGAACCCUAGGAGAGUAAGAAAGCUGAGUGUAUUUCAGUUGGUUGUAUUUCUGGCCAUUUCGAGCUGCUUGUUAGCCAUUGUUAGCAUUGGGAGGCUUAGACGGUCUGUGAUCUGGAAAUUGGAGCUUUGGAAGUGGUGUCUGCUUGCAAUGGAGGUUUUCUCCGGGCUGUUUCUUGCGCGGUCCUUGAUGUGUCUCGUGCUUUUCUCGAUCGAGAGGAAUUUUUUUCUCAAGAAGAAGGUUCUCUAUCUAUUUCAGGCUUUGAAGAGGAGUGUUCAGGCAUUCGUUUGGAUCAGCGUGGUUUUCGGUACCUGGGUUUCUUUGUUUAAUCACGGAGUGGAACGUUCUAAAAUUGCUGCCAAAAUUGUUAACCUUGUAUCUUCAACUCUAGUUGCUCUUCUUGUCGGUUCGUUUUUGUGGGUAUUGAAGACCUUGUGUUUGACAAUUUUGACAUCUAGACUCCACCUCAAUGCAUACUUUGAUAGAAUUCAGGAAUCACUUUUUCAUCAAUAUGUUAUCCAAACCCUCUCGGGCCCUCCACUAAUUGAGAUGAUGCUGACCUUUGACUCUAGCUCUAGGGUCAACGAAAAGGUUAAGAGUAGUAGAAUUACGAUUGCUGCUAAUAGAAAUCAAGAAAUAGCCUCAAUCCAUCCUUCUAACCGUGAAAAUGUCUCAGCAUGGACUGUAAAGGUUAUGGUUGAUGGACUCACAGGUUCCUCUUUAUUAAUUAGCUGCAAUGCAUCAGAUGAAUUUGAUGAUGCUACCGAUAGAGAGAUUUCCAAUGAGAUGGAAGCAAUAGCGGCUGGUUACCAUAUCUUUAAGAAUGUUGUUCAGCCCGGUUCUAAGUACAUUGAUGAGGAUGACCUCUCAAGAUUCUUAAUCAAGGAGGAGGUGGAUAUGGUUUUUCAUUCCAUUGAUAGGUCUGAUAUGGGGCGCAUUGACAAAAGAUCUCUAAUAGACUGGGUGGCGAAGGUUUUUCGUCAGCGGCGCGUACUCGCACAUGCAUUGACUGACACCAAAGCUGCCAUUAAGCAAUUGAACACAAUUGUGUCCGGGAUGCUUUUCCUUGUGAGCAUUGUUAUUUGGCUCCUGUUGUUGAAGAUUACAACCGCAGAAACUCUUGCUUUAUUCUUAACUGCUAUAGGUUUUACAUUUGGCAACACUUGCAAGAGUAUAGUUGAGUCUGCCAUAUUCGUAUUUGUGGUCCAUCCUUAUGAUGUUGGCGAUCGAUGUGUUAUCGAUGGUGUUCAGCUCGUAGUUGAAGAAAUGGACAUCGUUACAACAGUUUUCUUGAAGGUGGACAAUGAAAAAGUUUACUAUCCAAACUCAUUUUUGGCUACAAAAGCUAUCAGCAAUUAUAACAGAAGUCCAGAUAUGGGUGAUUCGGUUGAAUUCACUAUUGAUUUUGCAAUACCACUCGAGAAGAUUCAAGUGCUGAAAGAAAGGAUUAAGAAGUAUAUAGAGAUGAACCCUCAACACUGGUAUCCUACUCAUAAUCUUGUAGUGAAAGAAACUGAGAACGAGAGUAAACUGAAGGUGACUCUCUAUUGUAAUCAUACAAUGAACUUUCAAGAAUUUGGAGAAAAAAACAGACGGAGGACUGAGCUUAUCAUUGAGAUGAAGAAAAUUUUUGAGGAGCUAAAUGUAAGAUCUAAUCUUAUGCCUCAACAAACUCCUCUUAGCCGGCUGGAUUCUGUAAAUAGGGGUGACAAAUGAUGGAUGGUUGCUUCAGUAAUCUGCAUGUUGUCAAUUAAAGGCAAUUUGGAUUUUCUUGACAUUGAUGGGAAUUUAGUAUGUUUGGUUAUGAAUCUGUGAUGAUGACAUGAAUUAGUGUCCCAUUUUUUUGAAGAUGUGCAGAGAUGGUUUGCUUGGAAAGAGAGAUGAUGACUCUAUUUAGUGCUGAUAAAGGGAUGCGUAACGACUAUGGUAGAACACGAACACUUUCUCGUAUACUAUCCAUACACUUUGGAGGAUGUGAAACGAUAUCUUUAUGGACUGUCCAAGUUAGUCCAAUUGAAGUGGUAGCACAAAUUAAGAUCGAUAUUCUGUAAGUCGUUUGUAUCUUGUACGUGUUCUUAAGAGCUUCCUAAGGUGAUCCAGAUUCUUUUGUGCAAAGAUGCUUAAUGUGCUCUGUGGAGUAUCGAGAAUGCUUGCUCGAUGCACCAUACAUAUACCCAAGAUGAAGAAGGUUUUUCGGGAUGUGAGCGUUCCACGAACUAUUGAAGAACGAUAGAAGGUCAUACAUGUUGACUAUUUCUAUGAGAAGAAGAUGCAUAGGUGCAAUUAUAUUUGAUUCCCCGGCCUUCAAGCCGUAACACAUCUGGAAAGUUUUCAUGACUUCAGACAUUAUACUUGAGAAUUUAGUGAAGCCCUUAGACAGGCGAUCACGGAUGCAAGUUCAAAUAGAGCUCGAAAGGAGUGAUGCAUUAGCGAUUGCGAAGCAAUAGUACCUUAAUGGGAGCUGUCAAGCUAUUGACAAAUGUACUACUUUCAAGAUGGGAGCUGUCAAGCUAUUCUAGUGACAGCUCACAUUAAGGUACUUUAUCAUUGCUUCACAAACACUAAUGCACCACACCUUUCGAGCUCCAUUUGAACUUGCAUCUUUGAGUGUGUCUAUCAGCCCUAUCCCCAAGUAUAACAUCUCAAGAUAUGGAGCCUUUGCAAAUGUGUUGGGGCUUGUAGUUAAGGUAGGCCGGCGAAUUAAAUAUGAUUGCACCUAUACUUCUUGUCAUAAGAAAUUAGGAAUGGUUAGCAUGUAUAAUCUUCCAUCCUUUUUCUAUUGUUCUCAGAACCUUUACCAUCACCGGAGUAACCUUUUUUUAUCUCGAGUAUGCAUUGUGCAUCCCAAGAUAAAGGUGAUCCAUCGUCAAAAAAAGAUCCUCGAUACUUUACAAGGCACGUUAAGUACUCUUGCGCGAAAGGAUAAGAACUUUUGUUUGCAAGUGUUGUAUCUUGGUAGGGGUAUACCACAUUCAUCUUGUUCGUAUACUUUUUAUUCUUUUAAGUAAAUAAAUCUACCUUUCAUCCAAAAAAACACACAGGUUCAAU